UUACUUAUAUUUCUUGCGUCAUCUUGACCCCGGAAAGGCCGAGCUUAAGUGAGCUGCAAGUGAGCUGCCUCACUUGGCCUUCCGGUCGGUCUACACUACCUACUGUCUGUUGUCUAUGUGUGUACAUAAGUGUGUGCUACCUACUGUAAAACCUGGUUGAUAGGAGAUUUAUCGAUCAACAGCUUGGCAAUUCGUUACGUUCAAGUCCCCGGACGAUCUGUUUCCUUGGCGCUUUGUUUUUUUUGUUGUAUGUGUACAAAGCUGUGCCCAAUCCAGUGUCACAGGCCGCAGAAUUGCAUCGCAGGACCUAUACGACAGGGAACCCGUCUUGUUCAGCGUACUUUGGUAUUUUCCCUUUAGCUUGGGUGCUUGGGUCAUGGGCCAGUGUGGAUUUUUAAUUUGAAUCAAAACCCUUUCCCAUGCGGCUUAACCUCCAUUCUUCAUAUAUACCUGAUUCAUCCUACGUAGCUUUGAUCCCGUAGUCGUGUCGAUUGGCAUUGUCAUCUUCAACUCAUCAUCUCUACCUUAUAAGCUUACGGGCGAUGUCGGAUCAGGCCUCAUUUACUCUUUUAUCUCUGUUGCCUACCGAGUUGAGGCUCCAGAUAUGGCGGCAUACCUGUCAUCAAAGGGUGGUCGAGGUUCUAUACGAUAGUCAGACUGACCUAUGUACAUCAUCAACGGCGCCGCCGGCCGCACUUCACGUCUGCCGAGAGUCACGAUUCGAGGCCUUAAGAAUCUAUAGGAGAUCCUUCGGCACAAAGUCCCACGAACCAAGGAUAUAUUUUUGCCCCGAUAUAGAUAUACUCUACCUUCCUCGACCUCCCUUCAUGGGCUAUGACGACGCCUUACGGUCUUUUACGGAGCUCGUCUUCGGCAUCGAUGAUACCGUUAACCUUGCCCUCGACUAUGUUAAGCCUGAUAUCAGACGACCAUGGGAAACUUACAACAAGUACGCCUUAAUGCAGAGCUUUCCCAAAGUGAAAGAAGUCGACUUAGUCCUGGGUGCCGACUCACCGGCAGAAGAACACGGCCACGAGGAUAUAGGACUGGUGGAUCCGACAGGAGACAUAUUAGCCUUAUGUCGCCUACUUUCCGACAUUAAGGAAUCGUUCUUGUUUGAAGUUGGUUCUAACUACACGAUUGGCGACACAAAAGAGGACUUCUUCGAGUACCCUGUUUUGCCCCCCCUGGUCUUGAAGUCGAAGAUCACUUGUUCUCAUGCCUAACUAUAAAAUCCGGCCAUAACUACGCCGG